GGACGGUGGCCGCGGGGCGGGGUCAGAACACGGGCGGCAGAUCCCAGCUCGGCUACUUGGAGUUUGCGGCUGAGCAGCUCCCCGGCGGGGCCGAGCAGGAACUGGCACCAUGGAUUCCUUCAAGGUAGUGCUGGAGGGGCCAGCACCUUGGGGCUUCCGGCUACAAGGGGGCAAGGACUUCAAUGUGCCCCUCUCCAUAUCCCGGCUCACUCCUGGAGGCAAAGCUGCACAGGCUGGUGUGGCAGUGGGCGACUGGGUGCUGAGCAUAGAUGGUGAGAACGCAGGCAGCCUCACACACAUCGAAGCCCAGAACAAGAUCCGUGCCUGCGGGGAGCGCCUCAGCCUGGGGCUCAGCAGGGCUCAGCCAGUUCAGAGCAAACCGCAGAAGGCCCUGGCCCCUGCCGCGGACCCUCCGCGGUACACCUUUGCACCCACUGCCUCCCUCAACAAGACGGCCCGGCCCUUUGGGGCGCCCCUGCCCGCUGACAGCGCCCCGCAGCAGAAUGGACAGCCUCUCCGUUCACUGGUCCCAGAUCCCAGCAAGCAACGGCUGAUGGAGAACACAGAGGACUGGCGGCCCAGGCCAGGUACAGGCCAGUCUCGUUCCUUCCGCAUCCUUGCUCACCUCACUGGCACCGAGUUCAUGCAAGACCCGGAUGAGGAGAACCUGAAGAAAUCGAGGCAUCUCCUGUGGGGCCAACCAGACCCAGGUUGGGGGGAAGGGCCAUGUCAGGAACCUCAGCCAUGCAAGGGCUUGAAUGGCAGAUCUUGCAGCCAGGUGCCCAGGACUGAAGCCCCAGCCCCAGCCCCAGCCUCAGCUACGUCCCAGGAGCCAUGGCCUGGCCCUACCACCCCUAACCCCACCAGCCGCCCACCCUGGGCUGUGGACCCUGCCUUUGCCGAGCGCUAUGCCCCAGACAAAACAAGCACGGUGCUGACCCAGCACAGCCAGCCAGCCACGCCCACACCUCUGCAGAACCGCACCUCCAUUGUGCAGGCAGCUGCUGGAGGGGGCACAGGAGGGGGCAGCGGCAGCAAUGGCAAGACUCCUGUGUGCCAUCAGUGUCACAAGGUCAUCCGGGGCCGCUACCUGGUGGCAUUGGGCCAUGCUUACCACCCCGAGGAGUUCGUGUGUAACCAGUGUGGGAAGGUUCUAGAAGAGGGAGGCUUCUUCGAGGAGAAGGGUGCCAUCUUCUGUCCCCCCUGCUAUGAUGUGCGCUACGCACCCAGCUGUGCCAAGUGCAAGAAGAAGAUCGCUGGCGAGAUCAUGCAUGCCCUAAAGAUGACCUGGCAUGUGCAUUGCUUCACCUGCGCUGCCUGCAAGACACCCAUUCGGAAUAGGGCCUUCUACAUGGAGGAAGGGGCGCCCUACUGUGAACGAGACUAUGAGAAGAUGUUUGGCACAAAAUGUCGUGGCUGUGACUUCAAGAUCGAUGCCGGGGACCGAUUCCUAGAGGCACUGGGCUUCAGUUGGCACGAUACGUGCUUUGUUUGCUCGAUAUGUCAGAUCAACCUGGAAGGAAAGACCUUCUACUCCAAGAAGGACAAACCCCUUUGCAAGAGCCACGCCUUCUCCCACGUGUGAGCCCCUGCCACCCACUGCUGCCUUGCCUCCCCGGACCUGAGGGAUCUGGAGUCAUUUCUGGGUAGAGCUGACAAUGAUUGUCCCAACUCCUGGCCCAAGCCUGGGGUUCCCUGGGCCCUGCCCCGCCCUUCUCACCUUCCCUUAUUCCUCACCACCAUCCUACAUUGGUGCUGGCCACACCGGCCCUUGUUCACCUCAUUGCCACAAUAAAACUGUAUCUAGCUGUG